ACGUGUGGUCGCAUAUAAAGACGGAUGAAAGACACGGGCAAAAGCCAGUCAAAAUUUUCGAAGCGGAGUUAACGGUGUUGGCCAACAAUAAUGUGGAGAAACGUGCUGACCCUCGUGUUUCUCUGUAUCGGACUAGCAACGUCAGAUUUAUCGCCAUAUAAACCAAGGGGAUGGCGCCCUAAUGGUCAACGCUUUAAUCCUGCCAACAAUCGAUUGCAUGCGUAUUACGGGCCCCCUGGAUUACCAGCCUAUGAACCUCCACGCCCGACAAGCCAACCCCCAAUUUUCACCACCACGGCCACCACCCCGCAACCGACAACAACGACGACAACGAUGAAAACCACAACGACCCCGCGAACCAGAGAGCCCACGACGCCCCCUACGACCCUCGAAGACGAAGAUUUCGACACGAAUCCAGCCCUGGCCAUCGCCAACUCCUUCGCCUUCAAUCGACCCGUUUAUAUUUACAACACCUUCCCCUUCUUACCCGGUCAAAUAUUGGUGAAAUGAAUCGAUUAAUCUUGACGCGGGGUGAAUUAUGGUAUUACAUAUUUAUAGCACACGAGUAAAUAGUGUAUGUUUUGGGGAAGUUCGUGUCGAUUUUUGGAUGAAAAUGUAGAAAUUAGGUAGAUGUUCAAAAAUUGGGAUUUAUUUAAUUAAAAGUGUACACUUAUUGUGGAAUUUUGAUUUUGAUUUUGAUGUUAUUCUAUUGAAUAUCUGAGUUUUUUUUAUAUUUUGCAUGGAAGAAGAAAAUUUUAUUACAAUGAAAAUUUGAAAAAAUUUCCCUAGAAUUAAAAGUAUCUGAUUUAUAAUGUGUUUGUAUGAGUUUAUAUAGAUAAGAUUCUCAAGUAUCAUUCAGAAGAUUCGUAAAUAUUUAGAUAAUUCAGCAAUCCAAUAAUAAUAGAUCUCUUAAUUCAUUAAAUAAUUACAGUUAAACUUUUUAAAAAAUAUAUAUAUUUGUUUCAUAUUAAAAUUAUCAUUUAUAAAAAAUAUCCACGAACUUUCCAGACAAUCUAAUUUAUACAUUACUGUGUAAUAAUAGGAUCCAAAUGAUCAAUCAAA